UUUGGAUAUUGCAUGUCUUUGACGAUGGCUGGGAAAUGCAUAACGCUUUUUAUUCUAUGCAUCAUCAUUGGGAAUUGUAUUGCCGCACGAGGGAGAAGCAAAUCUAGAAUGAAAUCAGCGGCCCCUUUGGUUCUGCCAAUGGGUGCUACCGUCGAUCCAAAAAUGAAGGAUAAAGCGUUAAAAGUCAUUGAGAUGAUGAAGCAUGCGUGGAACGGAUAUAAGAAAUAUGCCUGGGGCUGGAAUGAAGUUAAGCCGGUGUCGCAAAAAGAAAAUCCGGGAAGCGUUUUUGGUUCCCAUCCUCUGGGUCUGACUAUUGUCGAUUCGAUGGACACACUCUAUUUGAUGGGCCUAAAGGAAGAGUAUGAGGCCGCACGCAUGUGGGUAGAGCAGAAAUUUUCAUUAGAAAUCAAUGGAGUCUUUUCAGUGUUUGAGACAAAUAUUCGAUACCUAGGUGGCUUCCUAACCCUCUUCGCCUUCACUGGAGAUCCAUUGUACAAGAACAAGGCCCAAAUGGUAGCGGAGAAGCUGUUGCCGGCCUUCCGAACCGCGACGGGCAUACCCUAUGCUUUGGUUAACUUUAAGACCGGCGCAGCCGAGAACUAUAAUUGGGCAGCUGGAAAAGCGUCAAUACUCGCAGAAUUCGGCACCCUUCAUCUGGAGUUUGCAUAUCUCAGUGACAUUACGGGAGAUCCCAAGUACCUAAAACUUGUCCAGGCCAUUCGCAACCGGUUGAAAAAGAUGAAGAAGCCAAAGGGACUGUAUUUCAACUAUGUAGACCCAAACUCAGGCCAAUGGGGCACGCCCGCUGUCUCAUUGGGAGGCCUGGGCGAUAGUUUUUACGAGUACUUGCUUAAAUCCUGGAUACAGUCGAACAAGGCCGAUUUUCAAGCUCGACAAAUGUACGACGAAGCAAUGGAGGCGGUGAUGGCACAACUUCUGGUGGUUAGCGAUGGUGGCCUUACCUACCUGGCGGAAAUGAAGAGCAACGAACGAAUUCACAAGAUGGACCAUCUGGCCUGCUUUGCCGGCGGCAUGAUAGCCCUCGGCGCUCAUACCCAAGCGGAUGGCAAUUCCAAGAAAUACAUGAACACGGCCAUAGGCAUUACGAACACUUGCCGAGAAAGCUAUAUACGUACAGCUACCAAAUUGGGUCCGGAAACCUUUCGCUUUAAGAAGGGUACGGAGGCAAUUGGUAUAGAAAAUAGGGAAAAGGAGUUCCUACUACGACCGGAGACAGUUGAGAGCUAUUUUAUUCUCUGGCGUCUGACUCACGAUCGGAAAUAUCGUGACUGGGGCUGGGAGGUGGUCGAAGCACUUGAAAAACAUUGUCGCACCGCAGCCGGCUACUCUGGAUUACGUAACGUCUAUGAUGUGAAAAGCGAGAAGGAUGAUGUACAACAGAGUUUCUUCCUGUCAGAGACUCUUAAAUAUUUAUACUUGCUUUUCACCGAAGACAGCACUUUGCCGUUUAGUCAAUGGGUGUUCAGCACAGAGGCGCAUCCACUCCCCAUUAAAAUCGCCAACAAAUACUACCGAGCAACAAAAAUGUUCUCCAAAUAAUUGAGAACAGCAAAGUGCAUAUAAGCUGUCAUUUGAGCUUGAGUACUGCCUACGAGUCUAAUGCGCGUUCGCUGUCUACAUCGUUCUCAAAACACACAAUCCCAAUUAAUACAUUAUCUAAUAUAACUUGUAAUCAAUACUAUAACAAGACAGGGCGAGACAGAAACUGUAAAGAAGAUUAAAAACAAAUUAAAAAGGCACAUUUAUUCCAAAACUGAA